GAUUCAAGAACGAAAGGGUCAGAGUGCCUCCGCCAGACCUCCAGCAACUCCCCAACAAGCAGGAGUUCGGGCUUUGCCUUUUGCCGCUGACAACGUGGAGACCCAGCCAAUGGAUGUCGCCGACAUCCCAACGCCCAGUGAGCCAGCUGCCCCUGCCCCAUCCCCUGAAACGACAGCAAAUGAAAAACGCGCAAAGUUCCAGGGAAAGGCAGAUCAAACUGGAAGUGAGACACAAGUCCUAGGAGAGGAUCCACCUGCAAGAGUUGAGAAGACACCUAAAGAGGAUGAUUCCACUGCUUUGCCAGGAAAAGCACCGGCGCCCAAGGAGAAGACCCUUGAUCAGGAGGAGAACUUCACGGAAUCAGGAUCUGGCGAUGACGCCUACCUUGAACGUCAGUCCCAGCUGAACAUGAAGAAGCAGAAAGGAAAACAGGCGGAGGAUGAUGGACCAGGAUGGACUGAGGAGAUGUGGGAAGAGUAUGCCAAGUGGCAAUGGGGUGGUGACUGGAAGCAGUGGGAGGAUGAGACAACAUGGGAUUGCUGGGAUCCCCAACGGUCAUUUGACAGAUAUGCCUGUUUGGAGUCGCAGUGCGCCUUGAGCCAGUUGGACAGCACCAGCAAAAAGGAAAGCGGCAAGAAACCUACCAAGAAUCCCGAGAAAAAGAAGGCAAAGCAGCAGGAGGAUGAGAAGGAUCACAUGGCCAGCAGCAGCAAACACAGCAAAGACAAGAAGUCUGAGAGCACAGCAGACCAGGAGGAAACAACAGUGAAGAAACGAAAACUUGAGGUAGACACCGUGCCCGCCCAGUCGUUUGAAGUGCCACGGAAGGUAAGGGAUCAGGCAAACCUGAUUGCAUGUUUUGCAAAGGAAGCAUGUGAGCUGGGUAUCAAAAACCCCACAAACUUGACACAAGAGAACAAAGCAGCAUUGAAAAAGAAGCUCCCCACAGAUUUGGAAGAGACCCGAUACAAUUCCUACUACAAACGCCCCGGUUUUGGUCUUCACAUCAAGGCAAUCAAAAAAGACUUUGGGUACUUUUCUGUGGAGGGUACCAAGGGGAAUUUCUUGGUUCGACUUGCGAUCCACAUCGAGGAGGUUUCCAAGAAACCCAGGGACAGUGAUGCUUCUAUCCUUGAUGACGAUGAGGCAUUUAUCAUGGCUAAAGGCCCAGUAGCAGGAGAUCCAGAUCUUUCCCAUGUUGGCCAAGGCCACGUGAUUCAGCUAAGCCAAAUCGAUGGCGCAUGGAGGUGCCCGGAACCUGUGGCAGACACGGUCAUCAUUGAAGAAGACCAAGGGUGCACCCUAGCCUGUUUAGUUGAUGAGCUGCCCAAAACUUUGGAGUUCGUUGCAUCAAUCCUUUUGCUCUACUGGAGCUACGCCAUAGUUGAGGAAUGGGAUCAGCUGGAAUUCUUUGCGGGCUUUGGAAACUUGACAAAGCAGGCCCGCAGUUGUGGUUACCGUGCGGCCCGGUUUGAUCUGGUAGACAAUGAGCAGCCGAAGAACCGAAAAAGUUGUGAAGGUGAAGUGGUGGAUGCAGCACUACUCAAGUCCUACUGCAAAGCGAUUUAUCCGAUGCCCUUUGCCCGAGCCCUGGUUGACCUGAUAGAGGAUAUGAAGAGGACUGCAAAAGGUAUGCCUGAGCUGCCGGCAGAAGUUCCAACAGCUUUGGAAAGCUUCCAGAGCUGGCCGGGUGUGGAUCAAGUGGGUGAGUGGCAUUUUGCCGAGUUUCAUCACAUGUUCAACUAUUUGCGGGGGAACCGCAAGUUGAGCAUUCCUUGCGAAUGGCGUGGGGUGAUCCCUGAUCGUCUCGAAUAG